AUCACCAAAAUAAAUGAACUCAACUAUCGAAUCCAAGAAAUCAAACAAUAAAAACCCAAAAUGCCACUCAAAUUCAGACAUACUAAGUUACAACUUUAGGAAACAUCAAAGGGAUCUGUAAGGAAAGUUGCAACAGCCAUGCAGUUCUUGCUCUUCAAACUACUCUUUCCUGUCCUAGUAUGCAUUGCUGAAGCAGUCACAACUAUGCCACAAAACAGCACAAUCCCAGCAGUCAUUAUGUUUGGAGAUUCAGUAGUAGACACUGGCAACAACAAUUACAUCGAAACCGUAGUCAAAGUGAAUUACCCUCCAUACGGUAAGGACUUCAUUGGAGGAAGGCCGACAGGGAGAUUUUGCGAUGGAAAAGUUCCGUCAGACCUCAUUGUUGAAGAGUUGGGGAUUAAGGAUCUUCUGCCAGCGUAUUUUGAUCCAACUCUGCAUGCUCAAGAUCUCCUGACUGGAGUCAACUUUGCUUCUGGAGGCGCAGGCUACGACCCUCUAACGUCCCAUCUUGUAUCAGUACUGUCGUUGUCCGACCAGUUAAGGAUGUUCAAAGAUUACACAACAAAGCUCGAGCUGAUAGCUGGACACGAGAAAACAAUGACAAUAUUACAAGAAGGUCUAUUUGUAGUGGUUGCUGGCAGUAAUGACAUUACCAAUACCUACUUUGGCACGCCUCUACGAAAAUCUCACUAUGAUGUUUCUUCUUACACUGAUUUACUUGUCGCCUAUGCUUCCAACUUCGUGCAGGAGCUGUACAAAUUGGGAGCACGUAGAAUCGGUGUUUUUGGUUUACCACCACUAGGAUGUCUGCCAUCACAAAGAACUUUGAAGGGAGGAGCAGAAAGGAAAUGUAUAGAUAUAUAUAACCAAGUGGCAGAACUGUUCAACAAUAAGCUUUCAGCUGAAGUCGAUUCUAUCAACGCUCGAUAUCCAGAAGCAAGAGUUGUAUACAUAGAUAUUUAUAAUCUCCCUCUUGAUCUCAUCCGUAGCCCACAAAAAUACGGAUUUAAAAUUUCGGACAAGGGCUGCUGCGGAACAGGGACAAUAGAAGUAGCAUUCCUUUGCAAGUACACAUGUUCGGAUGUUUCUGAUUACGUAUUCUGGGACAGUUUUCAUCUUACCGAAAAGGCAUACAGGCUUCUUGUACAUCAGAUCCUCAAGAAGUCCAUCAGAGAGCUUCGUCUGUGAAACCUCGCGCUGCUGAUAGCUUCACGAGUUUCUCCAGCUACCAAAAUUGUUAACAUCCUACUCAUCCUAAUCUGUUCUCACAUUCUUAUACUAGAUUGAUCAAACAUGAUAUUUUUUUAUAGAAUGUCAAUUUUUUUUACUGAUGAUGUUCCAGUGCGAAUGUACAAGGAAAAAGAAUACAAGUUUGACCACUGUUUUA